AUGGAGCGGCGUUAUGAGGCUCUGGCAACGACGCCGGCGCCAUUCGCCUGUUUGGCAUGCCGGGACUCCAAGCGGCGAUGCGACCGCGCCAUUCCUCAGUGCAAAGGCUGUCUCCAGAAGCGGAUCGUGUGCGACUAUCCCUACCGUCGUAAGAAGCGAGAGCGAAAGUCGCCAACCACCACCAAUGCAGUCAUCUCUCCCACCUCUGGCUUACUUACAGAUCAGGCUUCAGCCACAGCCGAGCCCUCGCAAGCAAGCCCGGACUAUGACAACUUCCAUCUUGUGCCCUCUCAUUCUGCUGGGGUCAACUUUCUCACUGAGCGCUUCCUUGAUCCCGAAGCUUUCAACAGUGCUCAGCUCAAGGUACCGGAGCCGGAUAUUGACUACCUAAUUACGAAAGAUGUAUCGGACUUGGUCGGCGACGUCGCAAAUAUCAAGGCGAUAUCUGAUCAAUUCUUUUCCUCUGUUCAAGAAUGGAUGCCAAUCGUAUCGAAAACCCAGUUCCUGGCCAACCUGGUUAGCUGGUUGACCCAUAAGCGCGCCGAGCUCUUCUUUCUCAUCCUCGCCAUGAAAUUGUCCUGCGAGCAAGUUUCGGGACCGAGAACGCCGCUUUACCAAAUCACAAAGUACUUGCAGUUUCGAAUUGAGCAUUCGGGAGCUUUGUCUCUCCAGGUGAUUCAGGCCUCGGUUCUCAUAGCCAUUUAUGAGAUGGGACAUGGCGUUUAUCCAUCGGCAUUCUUAUCUAUUUCUGAGUGUGCUCGUUAUGCUACCGCCUUGGGGAUUGACAAGUCGAUUUUAUGCCGCGAGUUGAACGGAGUCUCGAGGAACGAAUUGGAGGAACGCCGUCGAGUGUGGUGGGCGAUUCUUGUUUUAGAUAGAUUCCUAAACUUGUCGGACCCAAGUCGCCAUCUAGUAACGCCUGACCCAAUCUUGGAGAAUAUCCUCCCCGUUGACGAUGCCAAUUUCAAUAAUGGGACCUGCCGGCCUGAGGAUGCAUACACACUCGGCUCCGCCAGCGCACUUGAUCUGGGCCGAUUUGCCCGUUUCGCACAAGCUGCCCAUCUAAUCGGCCAGGUCCUACGACACGUUGCCGAAGGAUUCAGUGAGAGCGAGACAGCACAGCUGAGACGCACCAUAUUUUCUCUGGUCAGCGUUUCAAAGCUAGAAGCGCACUUGAGGCAACUAGAGUUCUGUGCCCAAACAGCUGUGUGCUAUUGUGGAAUACUCCUGCUGGACUGUUCUCAGUCAAAGAAUAAGAGCGGAGCAGACACAUCUGGUAUAUCACUUGACCAGCUAUCUACGGAAAGCAACCUGAUUUCUCAAACGGCUUUGCAGAUGUCCAUGUACAUCGCACAGCAGCCCUUUAAGAAAAUACACGACUUUGCAUCCCCAUUCCUCUUGCAUAUGCUUUACAAGGUGGCGCUGAUUUAUUUGCGCGCUUCAAGAUCUACUCCUGGUGAUACUGUUGCUGAUAAGUUGCAUGUUAUCAAGCAUGGGAUGGAGAUUCUCGGACGCCGAUGGCAGAUUGGUCAGUCGUAUCUUUCUUUGCUAUCGCGGCACGAAAUCAUGCAAGCAAUGCAGUAG